AUGAAUUAUGAAAUAUCGAAAGAAUUACUACGUUGUUAUCUGAAACAAAUUAAUAACGAUAUUAGUAAUAAUGGCAACAAUAACUCUAGUAAUUCUCUGUCACCAUCAUCAACGUUAUCAAAUCAAACACAUCAUAAAGGCCAUUCACGUAAAAGAUCUUUAUCAGCUCCUACUGCACCUCUUCCAUCAUCAGAAAUACAAGAUAUUCCAAUUCAACGAAAUCCAAAACAUUCGUCACAAUCAUCACAACCACCAAUGUCUUCCGAGGAAUAUCAACGUAAACUGAAUGAAGAAUUGGAAAAAGUUGACUUUAAUGACAUUACUGUCAGUGAACUUAAAGAUUUGUUAAGACAACGUAAUAAACCUGCUACUGGCAAAAAAGCUAUUCUUAUGGAAAGACUUCAAGAAGAAAUCAAAUUGGUUAAAGCCAUGAAGAAUAAUAAGGGUGGAGCUGGUAUUGAUGGUAAAGAUGCUAAUAAUAAUAUUGAUGUUAACAAUGUUGGUGAUAUUAAUGUUAUCAAUAAUGGUAUCAGAAAUAAUGUUAAUGUUACAAAUAAUCAUACCAGUAUUGGUAAUAAUGAUAAUAAUGGAUUUGAUCGGCAACAGCAACAACCAUAUCAACCAAUGACUACAUCUCCAACAAUUACUAAUAAUGGAAUGCUCAAUUAUUAUGAUGUAAUGACAAGUAAUAAUACUAUGACAAGUGAUUUUUCUUUAUUAUUACAACAACUAAAUAUUCAUGAUCCUAACAAUGCAAUUUCUCACCAAGGUCUUUUCUUUCAAAAUCACCCAAUGUCUGCUCCUGCUACUAAAACAGAAUUCUUUGUUUCUUUAGGAGAUAAUAAUGACAUUACUGCUGACAAUGAUGAUGAUAUUGUUAUUAAGGAUGAAGAAAUGAGUAAUGUAAAUAAUCCUGGUAGUGUUACUGCUGUAAAUGAUUAUGAUGUUUACCAUCAACAACCUUCAUCUGCUCCUCCAAUGAUGACAGAAUUCAAUAAUAAUUAUGAGUUUAUAAAUCAUCAAAUACACAAUAAAUCUUCAUUGUCAAUUAUGGAUGAUGGUAAUGAUGACAGCCAAAUGAUGAUGUCUAAUGAUCCCACUUCAUCUGCAUCAACAACCUCACUAUUAAAUAAUCAAUUAGUAGCUAAUGGAAUAAGAGAAUCUUUUACUAUUUCCCAGACUUUAACUCAACAACCAAUGCAGAUUAGAGACAUUUGUCAUUUUUGUAUCAAUUGGCAUGGUUGGGAGAUAUAG